GAGCCAAGAACCUGAACCUCCUCGGUGUUGGCCCUUGGGGCAGCGGUAAAAAUACUGCCGCACACCGAGUUGAACACAGACUCAAUGUCUAGCCCGCUGGCAGGAAUGUCCGAGGAGUGCACUAGGGAAUGAUGAAAUCGACCAAACCGCAAACGAUAAUAUGGCACGCCGCUUGCACAACUACGCAAUCCGCAGACAUAUAAGAACGCCUAUCCCAGCCACUAGAGGAUCCUCAGACCUUCACGGACUACUGCCCGCCCUAUCUACUACUAGACUCUAGUACUUCCCCCAUCAUGAAGUCGAUCUUCACUACGACUGAUGACGCCCGUGUUACUCUUCUCGUCCCAUCCCAACGUCCGGCCGCUGACUGGCGAAUACUACCUAGGGACAUGUUACAAACUGAAAUGAUGGCGCGGUAAUCCGCCGGGGGAGCGAACCUCCCUCUUACAAAAUGGUGCACGGAGUAAAUUAUUAUAGAUCAUGAGAAGCACAUCGUUGCACCUUGACUUUGUUGUACUAUUAUACCCCCUCCUCACUAGCAGUCCCUUUUGACGUCUCUAACAUGUAUAUUAUCAGCGUAGCCUAUUUAAUGAUGCACGGGACUUUGAUUUAAAUUUCACAUCCGCCCCAACAACACCGGGUGACUUCGCCGUCUUUUUCUGAUUCCAAUAUUACAAGUUCCCAUGAGUUCAUAUCUCGGUUUUCUUCAAUCAGGAGGACGCUGGAUCUAUCGUUCAACGCUUUCAGGUUGAACUCAGCACCAUGUUAGUCUCGGCCAUCACUGUGGCCGCUACGUUGGCCGCUUUUGCUGGUGGAAAAGACCUACAUUCGUGUCGAACCUUGCCUACCGACCAUUCAUGGCCAGCCGAAAACGUUUGGAACACGUUCAAUCAGUCUGUCGAUGGACAUCUCGUUAGGACCGUCCCUCUCGGUAGUCCUUGUCACGACCCAAACUACGAUGAAGCACAAUGUCAAGCCGUACGGGAGAAAUGGCACCUCGCAGAAUUCCACGAGUCGCAUCCGUCUUCUGUAAUGGAUCAGCCUUUAGUAAGGAAAAGCUGCGAUCCUUUCGACCCUCGAGAACUUCCAUGUCAAAUUGGUUCAUAUCCGCAGAGCAUAACAUCCGAUUUGUAGUCAAGAAUAGCGGACAUGACACUCUGGGAAGAUCGAGCGGUACAGGCGCAGUGUCCGUAUGGAUGCAUAAUCUGCAAGACAUUACUUUCAUUUCCGAAUACAAAUCAUCGAUCUAUACAGGCCCAGCCUUUAAAGCCCAUGCCGGAGUUCGUAGUAUUGAUAUCGCAAAUGCGGCUAGUAAUAGAGGUUUGGUCGUUGUCAGUGGGGGUUGCCCGACAGUUGGCUUCACUGGCGGUUUCAUACAGGGCGGUGGACAGUCUGCUGUGAGUUCGUUCUACGGAUUGGCGGCAGACCAAACGUUAGAGUUCGAGGUGAUUACAACCCAAGGCAAAUUUAUCCAUGCUUCCCCUACGGAAAACCAAGACCUUUAUUGGGCAUUGAGCGGCAGUGGAGGAGGAGCCCACGGGAUCGUAUGGUCCGUUACCGUGAAAGCUUACGAAGACCUUCCUGUCAGUCUCGGAUCUAUCAGUUUCACCUCGGAAGGCAUAACGCAGGAAACGUUCUUUCAAGCGAUCGAUACUUUUCACGCUAACACGCCGCGCUUUGCGGAUGCUAAAGUUUGGACUAUUGCACAAUACACAGGCGGGUUUUUCAGCCUCAAUCCGGUCUUCGCAGUGAACAAAACUUCUGCGGAGGUUUCAACUCUCCUUCGACCUCUUCUCGAUACCCUAGAUUCACUGGGAGUCAAGUAUGCUUCGGAUGUCGAGUCCUACGAUGGCUACCUCGCGGCCUAUGAAACUCUCGUUGUUCUGAUCAAUGUUCCGAUUGGUGUUAUGGUCACAGGUUCACGGUUGCUUCCCACAUCGCUUUUCGAAGAUAAGGAGCGAUUGAAAGGGGCUCAAAAGGCUAUCCGAAGUAUCCUAGCAAGUGGAGGCAUGAUUUUCGAGUUUGUUUUGAAGGCCACUUUGGACGUAGCAGGAAACCCUCAAAAUAGUGUUUUGCCAGCUUGGCGUAAGGCGAUAAAACACCUUGGGGUUGCAAUACCUCUUGCCGAUGGUGAAUCCUCCGAACAGGUAUCACACAAAAGGAGGAAGAUAACUACGGAGUUCUUACCAGAGCUGAAGAGGUUAACGCCCGGUUCAGGAUCUUACCACAACGAGGCAGAUCCGAACGAUCCUGAUUACAAAGAAGCGUUUUAUGGGUCCAAUUACGACAAACUGCUUGCUAUCAAGGAUAAAUGGGACCCAGAUCAGAUUUUAUAUGGAGCUACGUCUGUUGGGGGGGACAGGUGGAGGGAGACUGUGGAGGGGAGACUUUGCAGAAAUGAGGAGUAUGAGGAUCUACUCCAUGAUGAGUUGUAGUCCGCUUGGUGGUUUCUUGUUUUCUCUUUUUCUCUCGUCUAGAUCGUGUGUCGUAUGCCUCCGUAUGUAUAUCGUGAGAUUUCUCCGAGCUGCUUUUAGUCGGUAGAUACCAGACAUCAUACUUUGACUUCCGGAUCAGCUGAGGGGUAGGUGGGCGGGGGAGAGUUACAUCAAUUUCUUAUGAACCUCCGCGGUUCGGACAACAUAGCUGGC